AUGACAUUUGGGACUCUCUUCACCACUGCGGAAAACUCUCGCUCCAUCGCCAUUAAAGCGAUUGCGAAGGCUCAUAAGCUAGAACUCAACAUUGUCCAUGCCAACCUCGGCAAUCCGAGUCCUGAACACUUAGAGGUGAACAGGCUCGGCAAGAUUCCCACCUUUGUUAGUGAUGGGGGCUUCGUUUUAUCCGAGUGUAUUGCCGUAGCACUCUAUUUUACAUCUCAGGACGAAAAUACAACUCUCCUAGGGAAGAAUAAAGAGGAAUAUGCAUCCAUCGUAAGGUGGAUGUCCUACUUCAACACUGAGAUCCUCAUUCCACUGGCCGACUGGUUUCGGCCUUUGGUUAGCAAGGCACCUUAUGGCAAAGAGUCAGUAGAGAAGAGCUCCAAAGCAACUCUGAGGGCCGUGAAAGUGGUUGAAGAGCACCUUGAAAAUCGUACAUUCAUUGUUGGUGAAGUUCUUAGCCUAGCUGAUAUUUUCUGUGCCGGCCUUCUCUUCCGCGGCUUUCAGUUCUUUUUUGACAAAGAGUGGCGACUGGAUCAUCCCAAUGUGACUCGUUGGUACGAGAAUACUACAAGCCAGCCUAUUUACUCUGAUGCCGUUCCUAAGUUGGAGGUUCUUGAGAAGCCGGUGUUAACAAAUAUGCCCCCUUUGAAGCCAUUUGUUCCUAGUUUGGCUGCUGUUUUCGACGUUCCGAGUGUCAGGGAUUAA